AUGGCAGAUUCGCGUAAAACCACAAAAGUCGUGGUGGUAGGUGGAGGUGGCACUAUGGGGUCCUCAACAGCGCUGCACCUCAUACGUUCCGGAUAUACCCCUUGCAACAUCACAGUGCUUGAUGUAUAUCCAAUUCCUUCAGCUCAGUCGGCAGGAUACGAUCUGAACAAAAUUAUGAGCAUCCGAUUGCGCAAUGGGCCGGAUCUGCAGCUUUCGCUCGAGGCGCUCGAUAUGUGGAAAAACGAUCCAUUGUUCAAGCCCUUUUUUCACAGUGUUGGCAUGAUUGAUUGUUCGUCAUCUGAAGACGGUAUUGCAAAUCUUCGACGAAAGUACCAAUCUCUUAUCGACGCGAACAUUGGGUUAGAAAAGACAAACUGGUUGUUAGAAAGCAAAGAUGAAAUCCUGGAAAAAAUCCCGGUAUUUACAAGAGAUCAAAUAGAGGGGUGGAAGGGCUUGUUUUGCAGCGAUGGAGGCUGGCUUGCUGCAGCCAAGGCUAUAAACGCGAUCGGACACUUCCUCAAUGACAGCGGCGUCAAUUUUGGAUUUGGCAAAUCUGGAACUUUCAAGCGGCCUCUGUUCGCCACAGAUGGAAUCACCUGCCAGGGAGUGGAGACAGUAGAUGGCUCUAAAUAUUAUGCUGACAAGGUGGUAUUGGCUGCUGGUGCUUGGAGUCCCACAUUGGUAGAUCUGGAGGAUCAGUGUGUUUCAAAAGCGUGGGUUUUUGCUCAUAUCCAACUCACGCCCCAGGAAAUGGCCGAGUACAAUAACAUACCCGUGGUAUACGACGGUGAAUACGGCUUUUUCUUUGAGCCCAACGAACACGGAGUUAUCAAAGUCUGCGAUGAGUUCCCCGGAUUCUCACGCUUCAAACAACAUCAACCUUAUGGCGCCGCUUCCCCCAAGUCCAUCUCUGUUCCUCGAUCACACGCCAAACAUCCUACAGAUACCUACCCAGAUGCUUCCGAGGUAACCAUCCGGAAAGCAAUUGCGAGGUUUUUGCCUCAAUUCAAGAACAAGGAACUUUUCAACCGGACUAUGUGCUGGUGCACAGAUACUGCCGACGCCAAUCUACUGAUCUGCGAGCACCCCAAGUGGAAAAACUUCAUUCUGGCCACAGGAGACAGCGGUCAUAGCUUCAAGCUUUUACCCAAUAUUGGCAAGCAUGUUGUUGAGCUGAUCGAAGGCACUCUUCCGUCGGACUUGGCCGAUCCAUGGAGGUGGAGACCUGGCGGCGACGCUCUUAAAUCUAGACGCAGUGCUCCCGCAAGGGAUCUUACUGAUAUGCCGGGCUGGAGGCAUGAUGCAAAGCUUUGA